AUGUCCGAGACCGCGUCGACCGCCAACGUGCUCCCCAAGUCGGAUCCUGAUGCGAUAAAAACCGAUCAAGACGCGCCCGAGGGAUAUACUAAUGGGGAUGACGCGUUGGGGGAUUCAAUGGAUGGUGUUGUUGAAACAAAUGGAGAUGCGCCCGCCACCGAGAAUCAUCAUGAGUCCGACAAUAUCCAUGACGAACGACCUGCAAAGAGACGACGCACACGAGAGUCGACACCCCCUCAAAGCACACCGAAAAAGAUAAAACCAGUUUCGCCUCCAUGGAAGAAAGUAUCUGCCGACGGCCCAACAUCUUUUACCGAGAAUGGCCGUCGCAAAUCUGGCCGUAUCAACACCCUUCUACCAGAACCUACUCCUCCCAGCAAAGCUCGAACAUCAAGGAGAUCUACCGGCGCGAAUUCGACUCCGAAGCCCAAGGCAGAAAUCCAGUUGACUAAUGGCAACUCGAGAAAAAUGCCAAAUGGUUCUCACAAAGCCAGCCCCGCCACUAGAGCUCCCUCGAAGCAAGCACCCGCAUCGACUCCAAAAUCUUUAAAAAAGCCUGCAGAAACCCGAACCUCUUCCCGCUCUACCCGUCGACGAAGUCCAUCUCCCCCGCCCCCUCCGAAAAAUUCGACUCGAUCCCGCCGAUCAGCACGAUUUAGCGAUGCAGUCACAAAAGACGACACAGUACAAGAUUCUCGAACUUCAAAUUCUACUCAUCGAUCGCCUCGGAUUAAGCUAAGAGUCGGUCGAUCUGGGGAUAUUCCUCUUGUGCAUCCUGACCAGGUUCGCAAGAGGCCAAAGAUUGGUACCAACUUUGAGGACUUUUGGACUCGUGGCGGUGACAUUCCUGUUGAGGAGGGUGGACUACAAGCAUCCGAAGAUGGUCCUCAGUAUAACGACGAACUGGCCGAGAGGGAUGCUCGUGUGAUUCUACGGGUCGAGAAGGAGGUCGAAGAUGGCGGUUUGCUAUCCCAGGGUCGAUGUUCCAUCUUUCUACCGGAAGCAGUGGAGGAGCCACCUAGGCAAUAUGCUCGUCAGGAUCACAUGGUGAAGGCUAUGACGAAUUUUAGAAAACUCAUGCUAGCGGAGCAACAACGUCACCGAUUGACAGCAAAGAAAAUAGCCGAGGCUUGCCGGGACGAAUGGCUACGGCGUCAACCCAAGUCGGAAGAAGAGAUUGAGGCCGAGCAGAGGGCAAUCUGGAUAUCCCGAUAUCGUGUUGUGGCUAAGACCCUAUUUGGUACAUGGGAGAAUGUCCGUAAUGAGGUCAAUCGCCGAAGGUUGGCCGAGUGGGAACAGGAGGAGCAGAGGAGAGUCAAGGCAGCAUUGAACGAAGCUGUCAACCUUUCAGAACAGAAACUUCAAGCCCGAAGAGCAGGAUUAGACUCGGAACAGCUUUCGGAGGACGAGGAGGACGGAUUUGAUGAUCUCAGUGACGACAUGAGUAUGGUCGAUGAUGAUGACGAGCUUGGCCUUGCAUCUGGCGAAGACGAAGAUAACGAGAAUGAAGACGCCGACAGUGACAAUAUGUCAUCGGAUGAGGAAGAAGGCGACGAUGAGGAGGACCAGAAGGACAUUGGCGACGAAAACCUGACACAAGAGCAGUUGCGAGAGAAAUAUGCACAUAUCCCAGAACUCGAAAAGCCCGCCGAGGAAGAAACACCAGCCACCGAACCUAAUCCUGAAGACACGGAUGCUGUCGAUCCAGCUCAAGCAACAGCGACCGAGAAUGCCGACACGAGCGAUGAGUCUGUUGAUAUGGAUGAUGAUAUGGGGUCAACUGAUAUGGAAAGCGGUGAGGAGGAGGAAGAGUCAGAAGAGGAAUCCGACGAAGAUGCUGGUGGUCUCCUGGGACUUCUCUUUGGCAAGUCUGAAUUGAAGAAAAUGACCAGCGAGGCUGUUGUGGAAGAUCCGGUUGACUCAAAAGAAGAUUCCGAGAUGCCUGACGUGGAAGCAGUGUCGGAAGUCGAUGGCGAGGGUGCUGAGGAGAAUGAAAUGUCUUUGAUUCAGAUGCCCGACCAUGAGUCUGAGCUUGAGAAGUCAGAACUCAAGGAGCCAGCCCAAGAAGAUACCGAAACUGUACAGGAAGAACCCAUACCAACAGUACCCGCCGACGACAUUGCCCAUGAUACUGCACAGGAUGCACAAGAAAUCACUGAAGCAGUCACUGAGGAGCCUGUCGCUCAGGACGAGGAUGUCGCUAUGGCCGGUACUGAUGCAGAACAAUCCCAUGAGCAACCAUCCCUACCAGAGAAGCCACAUAGCCCGGGAACCGAACCAGUUACCAACCCGCCCAGUCGUGCGCAUAGUACAUCGCCUCCCGCAACAUCAGAAACUAAACCAUCUGAACUCGACACUGCGUCUUCUGGAGAAAUGGCUGUUGACAAACCCGGAAGCAGAUCUCCAUCACCUCAGCAGUCAUCAAAUCACAAAAUUGAAGUGCCAUUCCUUCUCAGAGGAACUCUACGAGAGUACCAGCGCGAUGGUCUUGACUGGUUGGCAGGCCUAUAUGCCAACAGUACCAACGGCAUUCUGGCCGAUGAAAUGGGUCUGGGCAAGACGAUCCAAACUAUUGCCCUUCUUGCUCAUCUAGCGUGCAGUCACGAAGUUUGGGGACCACAUCUUGUGGUGGUUCCCACCAGUGUCAUGCUGAAUUGGGAAAUGGAGUUCAAGAAAUGGUGUCCUGGCUUUAAGAUUUUGGCAUACUACGGCUCUCAAGAGGAGCGAAAGAGAAAGAGACAAGGCUGGAAUAACGACGAUGUUUGGAACGUAUGCAUUACGUCCUACCAGCUUGUUCUUCAGGAUCAACAAGUGUUCAAGCGACGACGCUGGCAUUACAUGAUUCUAGACGAGGCUCACAACAUCAAGAACUUCAAAUCACAAAGAUGGCAAACACUUUUGGGCUUCAACACGCAAGCGAGACUCCUACUUACAGGAACGCCUCUUCAGAAUAAUCUUACAGAGCUUUGGUCACUUCUCUUCUUCCUUAUGCCGGCUGAGAAUGGUGUCGGUGGAUUUGCCGACUUGCAAGAAUUCCAUGAUUGGUUCGCGAAGCCAGAAUCGCAAAUCUUGGAGAGUGGAAGGGAACAAAUGGAUGAUGAAGCAAGAGCGAUUAUCUCAAAGCUUCACAAGGUCUUGCGACCUUAUCUGCUGCGACGUCUGAAAGCCGAUGUCGAGAAGCAGAUGCCCGCCAAGUAUGAGCACGUUGAGUUUUGCCGUCUCUCAAAGCGGCAACGUGAGCUCUACGAUGGGUUCCUUUCUCGGGCAGAUACCAAGGAUACAUUGAACUCUGGCAAUUACUUGUCCAUCAUCAAUUGUCUCAUGCAACUUCGAAAGGUCUGCAACCAUCCUGACCUUUUCGUUGAUCGGCCAAUCAUGACCUCAUUCCGUAUGCAAAAGUCUGUCGUCUCAGACUUUGACGUGACGGAACAAAGGGUCCAACGACUGCUUCACGACCCCAGUCCCAUGAAGGAAGUCAGCUUGGGCUUUCUGAAUCUCAUUCCGACGCAAUGCGAGAGUCUGUCGACUACGCAGGCUGAGCGCAUCUCUCAAUUGAGCUCACAUAGGAUAUUGAGUGAUUUGAGAGAUGCUCAGAGGGUGCGUGCCCAGAGCGCAUAUGCUCAUUUGGAUCCCUCCACGGUCGCAUCCAACAAUGCAUACCUGGAGAGUGGUGCCAGAUGGGGACGUUUCGAGGAGCUCCAACAUUGCUUCUAUCUGAAUGCUUUGCGCCGUCAGAGAAAGCCCAUCUAUGGCAAGAACUUGGUUGAGUUAUUGACUAUUGGUACUGAUAAGAGGCCUUAUAAGCCUCGACCCAAGGUUCCCCGCCAGAUCAUGGCAUGGUUCGAGGACGAGUCGACCUUUGUGCAGUCCAUGAUACCCACGGUCAAUCAACGCGCCGAUAGCUUCAAGACUACUAUCGAGAAGUUCUCAUGCGUUACACCGGCUGUUGUGACCAGAGAUAUGGAACAAUUCGUCCUUGGUCGCAAGGGUAUUGAAGCUUUCACAGACGAGGACCUCAAAUUGUCGGCGCCUGUUCGAUGGGCACCAUUCCUACCAAAAGAAGCACCGCCAGACCCUUGGCAUGAGAGUCGAAUGCGACUCAGCAUUCAAUUCCCUGAUAAGCGACUGCUCCAAUAUGACUGCGGAAAACUUCAGAUCUUGGAUAAGCUGCUACGGAAACUUCAGGCAGGUGGUCAUCGCGCCCUCAUCUUUACUCAGAUGACCAAAGUUCUGGAUAUUCUGGAGCUGUUCCUGAACAUUCAUGGCCACAAAUACCUGCGUCUCGAUGGUGCUACAAAGGUGGAACAGCGCCAGAUCCUUACUGACCGAUUUAACAACGACCCGCGCAUUCUUUGCUUCAUUUUGUCCACGCGAUCGGGUGGUCUUGGUAUCAAUCUUACAGGUGCCGACACCGUCAUUUUCUACGAUCAAGACUGGAACCCUGCAAUGGACAAGCAAUGCCAGGAUCGAUGCCAUCGUAUCGGACAGACCCGCGACGUUCACAUCUACCGUCUGGUCAGCGAACACACAAUUGAAGCCAAUAUUCUUCGCAAGGCGUCGCAAAAGCAGAUGCUAGACGACGUGGUCAUUCAAGAAGGCGAGUUUACCACCGAUUACUUCAAUAAGCUUUCGGUAAGGGACGUCCUCAGCGAGAAACUCGACUCGAAGAGUGAAGGAUUAGAUGCCGCAGACGCUGCUUUGGACAGAGUGCUCGGCGGUCCUGAUACCAGUAAUGACCAACGAAGAAUCGGUCGCACACUUGAGCAAGCAGAAGAUCGAGAAGAUGUGCAAGCUGCACGCGUCGCAGAGAAAGAGAUCCAAGACGACGAGGCCGACUUCACCGAGAAGCCAAGUAACAACGCAUCCGGUGCUUCGACAACGCGACAAGGAACACCAGCCGGAAAGUCAGUUUUGGACGGCGGCCUCGAUGACAUCGACACUCCUCAAGAGGAAGAACAGGAGUAUAACGCAUGGGGCGAAAAGAUGCAUACAAUUGACGAUUACAUGCUCAGCAUCAUGGCAGAGCAACUCAAAGAUACAAAGCUUGAGUUGCCCAAGGAUAAGAAGAAAGGAAAGAAGAAGGGCAAAGACACACGCAAGCGAUAA